AUGGACUCCCGCAAACAAGUCAACAAUACUACUAGCAGUCUUACGGCUACUGAGCUUGAGGCAAUCGCAGGAUUGAUACAGCUCGCUCAACCUCGUCAGGCAGAGGCAAGCUUUGAAGCUGGCACCGAGAGCAAGCCUCCAGUAAGGACUGCUAACACAACGGCUAUCUCUGCCGGUACUAAUUCGCGACAGAUAGUUACAAGCUUAGAAGAACAUACUGGUCAGAUUCAGACGGCAAUGCAGAGUCAAGUAGCAGACAAUGCCCAACCGGGACCCCAAACAUGGUUCCACGAUCUCCUUUCCCGAGCAGCCUUGAAGAACUUCAUGCGUUACGGGGUGAGGCCAAUGCAACUUGAUGCAGAGGGAGAAGGACGCUUGGAGGCAGUCCUGGUGGUGAUGCAGCAACGAUCUUCCGUUCAGGAGGCGGCUUGGUACCUCGAUGACAAUAACUGGGAUGUUCAGGACGCGAUAACGCAGUACCUGUACGAUGAGGCAGGCCGUGCAAACGACCAGACCGGGGCUUACCAGAGGGCUCUCCAAGCAACAAAUUCUGUAACUAGACACAGUUUCAACCAAGGACUUCUCCAGUAUCGCAUUCGAGAGGGCGGAGGUCUGCGCCGACGCUACGACUUUCCAAACACUGAUGCAUUCGACGUCGACAACGUAGACCACCUACGUGCCCUGAACCACUGGCGAGCCGAUAUGGACAGACUACGCGGCCCUCUUCCAGAUGUCCCGAGAGCAACAAGGAGUGACAGAGGAUGGACAGACAGCGAAUGCCGGUACUUGCAGAAUCUUUACGCAAGUAAGAAGGACGACUUCACCGUGGGCAAGCGGCCUGACAUGGCCAAGAUAAUGGAGGAGUUCAACAAGGUCUUCGUCGGCCGCUACCUCCCUGGAAGAUUAAACCCUUGCUCGGCACGCACUAUCAGUAGUGCCAAUGCCUGGCUCGAUCGCAGCUGGAAGAGGGAUGAGCCAGGGAAACGCUUGAACCUUCAACAGCGAUAUGAAACAGCGAUGAACAUCCUUCAACAUCGCAAAGACGAAGAUGACGAAUAUCAUCAGUUCACACAGUAA